AUGAAUUCGAUUCAACUUUUCUCGUUGACACGGCGUGUGAAAAGGUUAAGCAGCUUCGAGUCAUGUCUCCGGCAUUUCUGCGGAGUCGUCGGCGUUAAGGACGAAGGAGACUGGUUUUACUCGCCGGAAUGGUGGGACCCUCACGAAAAUGGCCACACGGUUUCACAAUCAACCUCCGAGAAAGGAAACGGCAUCGUUUCUGUCGUCGCACACCCUUCUUCACUUCCUAGUAGAGAUUCAUGGGGAGAAACUGAGAGAUGGUUAGAGAAAAGGUAUAUGGAGAUAAUAAUGCCAAGAGAUGGAGGAGAGAAAGAUGGAAGGUUUAAGAUACUUGGAUAUCAAUGGCGAUCUCUUCGAUUUAACGAUGAUACUCGACAAAGCACUGUGAAAGUCAUGGCUGCUUGUAGGGAACUGCAACCGGGUCCUGUUUUCUACAUGCAACAGCCUCAUUGCCUUGCUGUUCCAUAUCUGAAGAGCAUGGCUUCAGUUGGAUUGACUUCUCUUGCAGCUUCUAAAUAUGAUAUGAGGAGUGUAGCUAUUGGGAAGAAACAAAUGCGCAUAUUAUGCAUCGGUCAUGGUGGAGGAAGUUUACCGUUGUUUUUAGCUCAUCACAUUCUUGGUGCUAUUGUUGACAUAGUUGAGAUCGACCCACUUGUUAUCUCAGAGUCGGUUCGAGCAAUGGGCUUCCCUGCAUUCUCUGUCAUGACAGCAAACGGGAAACGAGCAGUACCAACUCCUGACAUUAUCGACCAAGUGAUGUGGCGAGGCAUCCAUGAGAGACUCUUCCUCUACGAAUCAGACGCUGAGCAAUUCAUUCUCAGGAACCGAAAUAAUAUUUAUGAUAUCAUCUUCAUGGAUGCUUAUAAUGGAGCAGACAUCUUCCCCCAUAGUCUUUGGGAUUCCAAUUCCAUGUUCAUGAAAGCUCUGAGCGAAACACUUCACCAUGAGCAUGGGACUCUGGUGGUGAACCUUCACUCUGAUGCAGACAUCGCAGACACAGACAGAUCAAACGAAGACGUAACAACAGGGAAAUAUGCGAGGAAAGUCGGUAAAGCCUAUAAAAAGGGUUUAAUGGAAAAUGAGAGGAAUGGGUUGGUGUUUGCUUGUGCAGUUCCAUGGCUAUGUAACGUAUCUCUGGUGGUGAGUAGAGGGUUGGGGUCAGAGAGAGGACAUAGGGACAAAACCAUAAGCCAUCUCAUGAAGACUUCCUUAGAAGUUGACCAAAUUCUGCGUCUGCCUUUCUCUUGCGUGGAUUAUCUGAAAACUGGUCUUGCCUUUAUAUAA